AUGGCUUGGCGCUUUUGGACUGGCUGUUUCCUCCCGAAGCAGCGGUCAAGCUCACGCGCCUCGUCAUGUUCUUCAAUCACCAGAUAUCUCGCCGGCCGCAGACACUUCAUCGCGCCUCGUUCCAGUGGCAAGAAUUGCUGGGCCGUCUCAUCGUCUCGAUCAAACAUCUACGCUUGA